CGUUUCAAAGAAUCAAAUGAAACCAUGUUUUGAACAACAUGAGUAGGCUAAAUGAUGACGGUUUCGUUGUGUUGUCAGUUAACGUUACAUUUGGCAAUUAUCAUUUUUUAACCAACUACCCCUUUAAUAAACAUUUUAACCGCACUUAUGUUAGUGACUAGCACUGCCCCUUUUGUCGUAGUUAGCGAUGUGACCACGAGAGGGCGCAGCCGAGACGCGCUUUCAACAGGAAAUGUCCUCGCAAAACAAAGCUGGGUAAUGAUCGGCACGCACAGUAGUGAGUGUUGGAUACAAGCUCAGUGCAAACAUUCUGCUACAGCACAAUUACAGCGAGCUGUCUGCGUGCGCUAUCCGCGCUUCUUCUUACUAUGAUUCCCAUAAACUCUCAAUACGGAUACAGUGUUGCCCGGUAUUUCUUGCUUUUAUCGCUUGUGCCCCUCAUCACUGCAAAAGGAGAUGAUGUGGAAAGUCCUGAAAAGAUCCAUGACGCUGAAAAACCUCACUCUGAGAGUCAACUCGACUUGAGACAAGUGGUGUUUGUCAUCCAGAGCCAGAGGAACUCUUUCCAUGUGCAGCAGGCAGAAAAACUCAGAAAAGACCUUCUUCUACAGUCACAAUCUCUUCAAGAGAGUCCCCCUGUCAUCCUGCUCCUGCACACACUGUCAGACAAUGAGGGAGACUGGAGCAUUCUCCCACUGCUGCCUUACUUGUCAUCACAGUUUGGCAAGAACUCUUCUUGGAUAAUGUUUCUGGAGGAGGACACCAGAGUGAAACUCCAAAAACUUCAGGACGUCCUCAAAACAUUUGACUGCAGAAAAGAGUGGUUUCUUGGCAAGCCACUACAUGAUGAAGAGUCCACCAUCAUCCAUCAUUAUGCCUUUUCUGAGAACCCAGCGGUUUUCGAGUACCCAGAUUUCUCUGCAGGAUGGGCGCUCAGCUUCCCUCUUGUCAACAGGUUAACAAGUAAAAUUGAAGAGGAGCCUUUAAAAUCGGACUUCACCAUAGAUCUAAAACAUGAGGUGGCGCUGUACAUCUGGGAGGACGGAAAGGGACCUCGACUGACAGGGGUUCCAGAACUUUGCACGCUGCCAGAGCACAAUCCAAGAGCGCAAUACUGUGCCACCACUGUCAGCAGCCAUUCACCACUGUGUGGCCAGCCUGUUAGGAGUGAAAACAUCUUUGUAGCGGUCAAAACUUGUAAGAAGUUUCAUUCCGACAGAGUUCCUGUGGUGAAGAAGACUUGGGGUAAACAAGCCUCACUGCUGGAGUAUUACAGCGAUUACGCUGAUCCCUCUAUACCGACCAUCAAUCUGGGAGUGCCAAACACAGAAAGGGGUCACUGUGGGAAAACAUUCGCCAUCUUAAGGAGAUUUUUGAGCAGUCACGUGCCCAAGACCGAUUGGCUGUUAAUAGUAGAUGAUGAUACUCUUAUAAGCUUGCCCAGACUGCAGGCCUUGCUGAGCUGCUAUGACUCCAGAGAUCCGGUGUGUCUGGGAGAGCGCUAUGGGUAUGGACUGGGUCAGGGAGGAUACAGUUACAUCACUGGUGGUGGAGGGAUGGUGUUCAGUCGAGAGGCUGUGGUCCAGCUGUUGGCCAGCGGAUGUAAGUGCUACAGUAACGAUGCCCCUGAUGACAUGGUGUUGGGCAUGUGUCUCAAUGCUCUACGAGUUCCUGUUACACACAGUCCCCUGUUUCACCAGGCUCGUCCAGAGGAUUAUGCAAGGGAGUUUUUAGCCCACCAAACCCCAAUUUCCUUCCACAAACACUGGAACAUAGACCCUAUUGCGGUGUUUAACAAGUGGUUGAAGAACGGCAAACACACAGAAGGACUACAGAAAAGCACUAAAGAAGAAUUAUAGUGUUUGUGUGUGCGUGUAGUAGUAGUGAGAAGUGUGUAUGUCUGGUCUGACAUGUAAUAAUGUUAUUCUGCGUCCUUCAUUGUUAUAUAUGUUUUCAAUUUUGUGAAUCUUGGAAGGAUGCUUUCUGGUCUGUAUGAAUGUCCUUUACUGUGUUUUCUUGGGAGUUGCAUGUGUCAGAUGUCCAAAAUAUUUAUAUUCCAACCUGCCCAAGGUUAUCUGUAGGUUUGUUUUUAAACAUCUUUGUUUUCUUAAAGAUUUGAAUUAUGUGUGAAUUAUAAUUUUGAAAUGUAUGAUAAACUUCAAAUCCUGUUGCCUUAAAUUCAUUUUUGCAGUGUCCUGAUUUCAGUAUUAAAUGAAAAACCAACUGCCUUUCAUAAGUAAGAGACUGCAUUGAAGCUGUGAGGUUAUUUUAGGCACACACUGGUGCACAGAGCCAGAAAUAGAAAAAAGACAUAUUAUGAAUCACUAUGAGGAACACUAUUGUACUUGGCUGUUUUAAAGUUAAUAGGAUGUUAAUGUCAGAGGAUGUUUCCAUGGUAAUGAGUAUCUCAGCCAUUCAUAGAUUAUUCCCUGAGAUAAAACUUUACAUUUAAAGGUCAAGUGUGUAAUUUAUAUGCCUAAUGAUGACUGUUUCCGAACAGAUUUUCUGAAAAUCUGCUUGGUCAGGUGAUUCAGCCUAAAAUCAACUUCCAGUUAUGCUCACUUGGAUUUAAGUAACUGUCAAAUCUCAUUCAAUAAAAUGCUGGUUACAAUGUUUGCUCCAGCAAAAAGCUUUGGGAGAAAAUUCCAAAUCAAAUUCCUUUUGUUUGUUUUUUUUAUUUUAUUUUUUUAUUAUUAUCUUUUAUUUAUUUUUUUUAUUUUUUUAUUUUUUCAAAUACAACAAUGCAGAGUGUUCUAAUCAGUGUCACUACUAAAUGUAAAUUAAAAGCUAAGCUCAGGAGUGUCUUAAUUAAAAUGAAUAAUUCAGUUUUUACAUUUUGUUUAUGAUGAAUAAAACAUUACAAGAAUAAAUAUCCUGUCCCA